GCGCUUCUGGCGCUUUGGGCGGUAAGCAUUAGACGAUCUCAGCCCGCUGCCAAGUCCUUCGAUAUACUCCGUGUCCAAUACUAUUCUUUUGAUAACCGCGAGGCACUUGAUUGCCUGCCUUACUUCCAACCAUUGGUUCUCGAUAGCGGUUGGGCCGUGAUGUGGUUGGUUGGUCGUUUGACGUGUGACACGCAUACAAAGGCCGAACAGCGCCUCAUUAUAGGUCUCGCUAAGUCUAAAUACUCCUCUCUCCAUCACUUUCGUUCUUACGGCGACCUUAACAUAGUCACCGCCGCGAUUGAAGCUGACCCUUACCAGCCUGGUGCGCAAUACGAGCCCCGCUUUUCAAAAUAUUCCCAGGAUGACCACGACAGAGGCUUGCAGGGGACUCCGCCGGAUCGUCCCAGUCGACGACGCUCCCGACGACCCGACGAUUGAUAUUAUCGCAAUCCACGGAUUGGGCACCGAGUCGCCGCGGACAUGGGAGUUUAAGAAAAGAAAUGGGGAUGGGGUUGUGAACUGGCUGUCGGACGCCGACAUGCUGCCGGCAGCCCUACCAAAGGCCUGCAUAUAUACGUACGACUGGAAUGCAAACUACUUCGCAAAUGCACCCGUGCAGACGCUGCUCGGCCAUGCCGAUACGCUACUCGGUCUUAUCGCCGAAGGCCGUGGUUCGCAAACGCGACCGAUUAUCUUCGUCGCCUCUUGUUUUGGAGGGCUUAUUCUGGCCGAGGUGAUUAACCGAGCUGCCCAGGAAGGCAGCGCCUAUAGACAUAUCCUGAUUUCCACUGUCGGCAUCGUGUUUCUCGCCACUCCAUUCCACGGUAGUGAUGCUGCGAAGCAGGCUCAGUGGCAGGUGCUGGUUGCCGGCAUUAUGGGAAAGCAGGCCUCUGACCAACUCAUAAAAGACCUUGAGCAGAAACACGACUUCGUCCGCCAGCGCGUUCAGAAGUUCGCCGAGAUCGCUAAUGCUGAGGCAGUGCGACUACCCCUGAAUUGCUUUUUCGAGACCAGGAAGACGAAGAUACUAAAACGCAUUCUACCGUCGGAGUGGGCGAAUCGCCUAUCAAUAGGUAUUACCCGCAAAAUUCUUGUGACGGAGUCUUCGGCCUGCCUGCAUGGUUUCCCUCGCCGAGGCCUGGAUGCGACCCAUUCAGGGAUGAAUAAAUUUAAGGGUCCAGAAUGCCCCAACUUCAAACUAGUUAAAGAUGCGGUCCAGCAAUUCGCGGGAAACGCAUCGGAUGUUUUGAAACGGCGGGAGAACUCUAUCGUGAAGGGACACUGGAUCGUCCGGUUCGGACGUAAUAAGGAAUUCGUCGGGCGUGAAUCAAUUCUCGAAGAUCUUCUAAAGAGGGUUCUUCCUAGUGGAGACGAAGAUGACUGCCAACGGACCGCCAUCGAAGGUCUGGGGGGGGUUGGAAAGACGCAGAUCGCGCUGGAGACCGCUUAUCGCAUUCGCGACGUGCAGCCGGAAUGCUCGGUCUUUUGGGUUCCCGCUGUGGAUGCCACCGCUUUCGAGAAUGCAUACCGCGCUAUCGGCCAGCAGCUUAAGGUACCGGGAAUCGACGAAGAAAAAGCAGAUGUCAAGGCACUUAUUAAGUCCGUAUUGGGCCGCGAGAGUAUGGGUAACUGGCUUUUGAUCAUCGACAACGCCGACGAUGAAAAGCUACUCUUUGGGGAUACCGCCCUUACCGACUAUCUUCCAUUCAGCCGGAAAGGAUCUAUUCUUUUCACAACCCGAAACCACAAACUUGGAUUAAGGCUGGUCGAGUCUGAAAAUCAUAUUAUCGCAGUUGAAGAAAUGAGCAAAGACGAGGCCCUUAAGCUAUUAGGGAAAAACCUGAAAGGUUCUCAGAUGAGCGACACAAGAAGCAACAGUGCGUUGCUAGAGUUUCUUACUAACCUCCCUCUGGCAAUACGGCAAGCGUCUGCUUAUAUGGCCAAGGAGCAGAUCUCGACUGCGCGGUACCUCAAGCUAUGCAAGUCCAGUGAUGAGAAUAUGGUUAAGUUGUUAAGUAGUCACUUUGACGACCGACACCGAUAUAAGAACAUUCAAAAUGCUGUCGCCACAACUUGGCUGAUUUCGUUCCAGCAAAUCUCAGAUCACGACGCGCUGGCGGCUGACUGCCUCAGAUUUCUGUGCUUUCUAGCCGGGAAGGAUAUUCCGCACUCCCUGUUGCCGCCGGCGGGGACGCUAGAGACUGUUGAAGCAAUCGGGACCCUGAAGGCGUAUGCAUUUAUCUCCCAACAGAAUGAGUCGGAUAGCUACGAUAUCCAUCGGCUAGUUCAGAUAUCGAUGCUGAGCUGGUUAGAUGGAAAGGGAGAGCGACAGGAAUGGACAGCCAAAGUGUUAGAACGGCUUGACGAUAUAUUCCCUUGGCCUAAACACGAAAACCGAGAAGAGUGGAUAAGGUAUCUUCCUCAUACGCAACAUGCUCUUCAACUACGGAAGAGAACAGAUGACGAGGAAGCGACAACAGGUCUUCUUUCCAAAGUGGGUGAGAGCUUUCGCAGUUUAGGGAAGUAUAAGGAGGCCGAGCAGAUGCAUCGGCAGGCGCUGCAGCUAAGGGAGAAGGUGUUGGGCAAGGAGCAUCCCGACACGCUCAGUAGCAUGAGCAACCUUGCGAGUGUGCUUGAUAGCCAAGGGAAGUAUGAGGAGGCAGAGCAGAUGCAUCGGCAGGAGCUGCAGCUAAGAGAGAAGGUGUCGGAGAUCAGAUGA